UCUCAUAAACUCUCUUUCUCUGUGUGUGACAAGAAAGAAGGCAAGAAGGGUAGAGAUAUGUCGCUGUCUCAUUACCUCAGCCCGACGCGCCUUCUAGAAGGCUACCUCCGCCGUUGCCUCAAGGCGGCAGGACUAACGUCGCAGACUCUUUCUAUAGACUCUGAAACAACCAUCCACUUCUGGGGCCCACCACCUCUACAAGACCACCGCAUCGACGACGGCAGACCGGCGAUGCUUCUCCUCCACGGCUUCGGCCCAUCCGCCAUAUGGCAGUGGCGACGACAGAUUCAAGAGUUCUCUCCAUCCAUUUUCAGGCUAUAUUGUCCUGAUCUUGUUUUCUUCGGCGACUCCACCACUUCUUCCACCAGUCGCUCCGAGGUCUUUCAGGCGGAGUGUAUGGCAAAGCUAAUGGAGAAAAUAGGAAUAGAGAAGUUCAAUGUAGCUGGAACAAGCUACGGUGGAUUUGUGGCGUACCACAUGGCAAAAACGUGGCCGGAGAAAGUGGAGAAAGUUGUGAUUGCAAGCUCCGGCGUCAACAUGAGAAAGUGUGACGGUGAAAGUUUAUUGCAAAGAUCGAACAGUGAGUGCAUUGAGAAAGUCAUGUUACCAUCAACUGCCACAGAGCUUCGGACACUUAUGGGUUUGGCAUCUUCUUCGAGGAUGGCUCGUAUAUUUCCUGAUGCUCUCUGGAACGACGUCAUUAGUAAUUUAUACCAAAAGAAUAGAAAAGAGAAAAUAGAAUUAUUGAAGGGGGUGACUAUCGGCAAAAACGAGAAAUUAAACAUCGAUCCUCUGUAUCAGGAGGUAAUGAUAGUAUGGGGAGACAAAGAUCAAAUAUUUCCUGUGAAGAUGGCUUACGAACUAAAAGGGAUUCUUGGAGACAAAACGAAACUGGAAAUCAUUGAGAACACUUCUCACGUUCCCCAGGUUGAAUGUGCCCAGGAGUUCAACAACAUCGUUUUGAGAUUUUUGAAGGGCUCUUAA